CCCCCGCUCCCCUCUGCGCGUGGGAGCCUCGUGCAGAUGACACCUAGUUGUCCGGUGUGGCCGGUUACAGGAGCUCUCUGCCUGGUCACAUGUUGCAAAGGACGAGGAGCAGGAGCCACCCUGGUGCCGAGCUAUGGAGCGGCAGCGACUGCUGCCCGGGCGUCUCUGGAGAGAUCCCGAGAGAGUCUGGACACCCUGACGCCUCGCAGGACACGCCAGGCGUCCCCAGGCCAAGCUUGCGUCAGGCCCUGGCCACCUCCGCCAUGAAGCUCCAGACCGAGAAGCAGCUGGGGCUUAAGGUGGCAGAGCUGGUGCAAUUCUUGCUGAUUAAGGACCAGAGGAAAAUUCCCAUCAAGCGGUCAGGCAUCCUGAAGCACGUCGUCCGAGAUUGCAAGGACAUCUUCCCAGACCUGCUUAAGCUGGCUGCAGAACGGCUCCGCUACGUGUUCGGGUACAAGCUGGUGGAACUCGAACCCAAGAGCAACGCCUACAUCCUCAUCAACGACCUGGAGCCUGUGGAGGAGGACAGUGAAUUGAGAGGCUACCAGGGAACGCCCACCACCGGCCUCCUGAUGAUCAUUCUAGGGCUCAUCUUUAUGAAUGGCCACAGCAUCCCAGAAAACGAUGUCUGGGAUUUUCUACGUCGCUUGGGGGUGUACCCCACCAAGAAGCAUUCAGUUUUCGGGGAUCCGAAGAAACUCAUUACUGAAGACUUCGUGAGACAGCGUUACUUGGAGUCCCGUCGGAUACCCCACACAGAUCCUGUGGACUGUGAGCUCCAGUGGGGUCCACGAGCAAAUCUGGAAACCAGCAAGAUGAAAGUCCUUAAGUUUGUAGCCAAAAUCCACAAUCAAGAUCCCACGGUCUGGCCCACCCAAUACUGUGAAGCCUUGGCGGAUGAUCCGAGUAGGGUCAGACCUGAGCCAAGUGCUCCAGCCCCGACCUCUUGAAGUAAAUGUCUGGGAUUCUCAGGCAUAAGCUAGAAAAACAGGGAGCACGGGGGCAGAAGGAGCGUAUUUCCACAACGACUAAAAUGUAUUACCUUUAA